GUCGAGACAACCUUACCUGGAAUAUUCUAUCACCCACUGGCGGAUGGUCGUCACAAUGCUGAACAUGCUUACAACGAACGAUCUAGUUCUAAUCGACGGUAACACGGGUUCGUUAUUUGUUAUGUCACUAAGAUUGUCUAUAAUAUCUUCUUCCACCCACUCAGUCAGUUCCCAGGCCCAGUCUCCCACGCCCUUUCUCGCCUUCCCUAUUGCUACUAUGCACUCUUAGGGACGGUUGGGAAUCACACUUCAGUCAAUAUUGUUCUACCCCAUGUUCAGAACACUUCUAUUGUUUUUGGUUCCGAAAUCGCUCCAUGACGCCCAGAAGAAGCAUAAAGCCUUUACCACGACUAAAAUGCUCCGCCGACUGGCUAUCACCGAAGAUCGGCCGGAUCUGAUCAACACUCUGCUAAAGAAAAAAGAAGAUUUGGGCCUGGGCAUGGACCACCUGAUCGCUAACGCCGAGAUCCUGAUUAUUGGAGGCUCGGAGACCACAGCGUUUCUGUUGAGUGGAGUCACCUAUUUCCUUCUCGAGAACCCUGGAGCUCAUCAAAAUCUGAGGGACGAAGUUCGGUCCACUUUCCGCAGCCAAGAUGAGAUCAACCUGAUCAGUGUCAACAAAUUAUCCUAUAUGCUUGCGUGUCUUGAUGAAGGUUUGCGUAUGUACCCACCCAUAGCAAACGCAAGCGUGGGUCUAUCUAUCCCCAACUCAUAUCACCCCGAGCGUUUCAUGGGCAGCCCUCAGUUCACGAAUGAUCGUUGUGACGUUUUUCAACCAUUCCAUGUGGGACCAAGAAAUUGCCUGGGGAGAAACCUUGCAUACAGCGAGAUGCGUCUCAUUCUCGCCUUGAUCAUGUUUAACUUUGACAUGCAGAAGAACCUUCUGAUGUGGCAAAAACGGCCGCUGAAAGUCUACUUGAAGCCGGUACCUAGAAAUAGUCCGUGA